GCAACUUGUCGGGGAGCUCACAAAAGAAGAGGAAGGAACUUCCACUAUUUAUAGAUUCUUAAGCUAACAAAAUUACCUUCAUCAAUUUCUAUCAGGAAGACAGAUUCAGAGAGGGAGCCCUGAGCUACAGUUCAAGACAGGCACUUCCAGUGGGCUCCUGGAUAAGAGCAACCCACAGCCAUGGGACAGGCCCUGGGGAUCAAGAGCUGUGACUUCCAGGCAGCAAAAAACAAUGAGGAGCACCAUACCAAUGACAUCAGCUCCAGGCGCCUUGUUGUGAGGAGGGGACAGCCCUUCACCAUCACACUGCACUUCCAGGCUCCAGUCCAUGCAUUUCUGCCUGCCCUGAAGAAGGUGGCCCUCAUCGCACAAACUGGAGAGCAGCCUUCCAAGGCCAAGAUGACCCAAGCCACAUUCCCAAUUUCCAGUCUGGGGGACCAGAAGUGGUGGAGUGCAGAGGUGAAGGAGAGAGAUGCCCAGUCCUGGACCAUCUCUGUGACCACUCCCUCCGAUGCUGUCAUUGGCCACUACGCACUCCUAUUGCAGGUCUUAAACAGGAAGCCACGCCUCCUGGGCCAGUUCACCCUGCUCUUUAACCCCUGGGUUCGAGAGGAUGCUGUGUUCCUGGAGAAUGAGGCGCAACGCUGGGAGUACUUGUUGAACCAGAAUGGCCUCAUCUACCUGGGUACAGCUGACUGCAUCCAGGAAGAGCCUUGGGACUUUGGCCAGUUCGAGGGGGAUGUCUUGGACCUCAGCCUGGACCUGCUGAGUGUGGACAAGCAGGUGGAGAAGUGGGGCAACCCUGUGCAUGUGGCCCGCAUUUUGGGAACCUUGCUGCACAACCUUAAGGAGAAGCGCGUCCUGCUCACCCCACAGCCCCAGGCUGCCCAGGAAGGGGCCUUGCUGAACAAGCGCCGGGGCAGUGUGCCCAUUCUGCGGCAGUGGCUCACAGGCCGAGGGCGACCUGUGUAUGAUGGUCAGGCCUGGGUGCUGGCUGCUGUUGCUUGCACAGUGCUGCGGUGCCUAGGGAUCCCUGCCCGAGUUGUUACCACAUUCGGUUCAGCCCAGGCCACCGGAGGAGGCCUGUUCGUGGAGGAGUACUACGAUGAGGAGGGGCUUCAGAAUGGACAAGGCCAGAGAGGCAAAAUCUGGAUCUUCCAGACUUCCACGGAGUGCUGGAUGACGCGGCCUGCUUUGCCCCAGGGUUAUGGUGGAUGGCAGAUUCUGUACCCAAGUGCUUCUGAGGGAGGUGGAGCCCUGAAGGCCUGUGAUCUGGUCCCUGUCAGAGCAGUCAAGGAGGGGACACUGGGCCUGACCCCUGCAGUGGCAGACCUUUUUGCCACAGUAAACGCCUCGUGUGUGGUCUGGAAGUGCUGCGAGGACAGGACACUGGAGCUGACCAACUCCAACACUAAGUAUGUUGGCAACAACAUCAGCACCAAAGGUGUGGGCGGUGACCGCUGCGAGGACAUCACUCGGAACUACAAGUACCCUGAAGGAUCUCUUCAAGAAAAAGAGGUGCUGGAGAGAGUCCAGAACAAGAAACUGGAACAUGGGGGAGACGAUGGCAACCGUCCUCCCAGUCCUGAGACUGCCGAUCCUCUGUACUUGUUCUUGGAAGCACCCACCUCCCUCCCCCUGGGAGGGGAUGCCCAGCUCUCUGUGACCUUGAUUAACCCCAGUGACCAGGAGAAGAGUGUGCAGCUGGCGAUUGGGGUGCAGGCCGUGUACUACAACGGCGUCCUUGCUGCUGAGCUCUGGAGGAAGAAGAUGUUUCUUGAGCUCAGUGGCAACCUAGUGAAGAAAAUCACCACCAGCCUGUCCUACUCCUAUUUUGAGCAAAGCCCACCUGAGAACAGCUUCCUCAGACUUACUGCUUUGGCAACAUACUCGGAGUUGAGCCUCAGCUGCUUUGCUCAGGAAGACAUCGCCAUUUGUAGACCACGCCUUGCCAUUGAGAUGCCAGAGGUGGCAGAGCAGUAUCAACCUCUUACAGCCUCAGUCAGCAUCCAUAACUCUCUAGUUGCUUCGAUGAAGGACUGUGUGAUCUCCAUCCUUGGAAGGGGGCUCAUUCACAGAGAGAGGACCUACAAAUUAGGUCCCAUACGGCCUGGAGACACCUUGUGCACCCAAUUCCGGUUCACGCCAAUGAAGGUGGGGCUCCAGCGGCUCACUGUGGAAAUGGACUGCAACAUGUUCCAGAACUUAACCAACUACAGAAGUGUCACUGUGGUAGCCCCUGAACCUGCAGCUUAAACGACCAGCUCCAGCAUCGCGUGCCCCAACCACCCCCUUGUAUCUAUGAUCUGAACUAAAUGUGCUGGGAGGGAACAUCCAUUCGGGCCGAGCAGAAGAGUGACCAAGAACAGAAUUAGAUUCUCAGAAAUCAAUAGUAAAGAUACUCAUCUCUGUCACUCCAGCUUAAGGCAGCCACGAAGACUAGCUGUCUUAGAACGGAAACUACUGGGCUUGAGUGAUAAAAGGAAACUUUUAAAAAGGCACUCACAUAAGUACAUUCAGAUUUUCCUGGUUCAGUGUUUUCAUAACCAUUUUAGUGCUAAUGCAUUCAUUAACUUAUAAAGAACCUGACAUUUAAAUCACUCAUAUUUCUGAUGAAGUGGGGCAAUAUUAACUAAAAAUUGAGUUUUUAGGUAAUCCUAAGAUUACAUUGAUCAAUGCUAUCCCUGACCAUUACCCUUAACUUUUCAAAGAUAACUGAACAAACUUAUAAAAUAAAAAACAUAGGGCCUGAGAAGGGUCUUCUAGAUUCAGCUAUAGAUAAGUUUCUGUGAGAGCUCUGUAUGAAGUAUCCGACAAUUAAAGUCUGAUGUUAGUAGCAUGAAUUUGGUCUACUAGGGAAAUAUGAAAAUUAUUAAGUAUAUAGGGAAUAGGCCCUAAAAGAAAGAAUAAAAGAACUGGACUCCUUUUGAACAAAGUUAUGAUUUUUUUCAUUUACAUUAUUUUGUUGCUUCAACACUUAGUUUUAGUUCUUCUCCUUUAUAAUAUUUGUUAGAAAUCCAGAAUGGCACUUUAUCAAGGUAAAUCAAAACUCUUAAGAAUUUCAACCCCAAGGACACACUAGU